GAGAAGGGGGGCAUGGUAGGAUGCGUAAAUGUUAGCAAAUUGAAGGGCAAAACGUAAAAUUCAAUUUCAGAUUCACGUUGUAUAGUGAAAUCCCGCGUCGCCUACAAGCCGGAAAACAGGUAGAUGUGUGAGAAAGUGCCACUCAGCCCACAGUCUCACUCUUUCACUGCCCUGUUGCCCGUUGUUCUCGGGUCGGUGAUCUAUCUCUCUCUUCUACUAAAUUUGGGGAUCUAGCCAUGCGCUCCCACGAUCCCAACCCAUUUGACGAAGAAGAAGUCAAUCCCUUCUCGAAUGGUGUUGGUGCCCCUGGAUCUAAGUUACGUGUUCCUCCAGCGGCAUCUGAGCCACUUGGCUUUGGUCAACGACAUGAUGCUACAGUGGAUAUUCCAUUAGAGAAUACUAGUGUCUCUAAGAAAAGGGAACAAGAGCUUGCAACUUGGGAAGCAGAUCUAAAAAGGAGAGAGCAGGAAAUCAAAAGAAGGGAAGAUGCAAUUGCCAAAUCUGGGGUUGUUGUUGAAGAUAAGAACUGGCCUCCAUUUUUCCCAGUCAUUCACCAUGAUAUAGCCAACGAGAUACCUGUUCAUGCCCAGAGGCUGCAAUAUUUGGCAUUUGCAAGUUGGUUAGGGAUUGUUCUCUGUCUGGUUUUUAAUGUAGUUGCUGUGAUUAUCUGUUGGAUUAGAGGCGGUGGUGUUAAAAUUUUUUUCCUUGCUGUAAUUUAUGCUUUACUUGGAGUACCCCUUUCAUACGUGCUUUGGUACAGGCCCCUUUACCGUGCUAUGAGGACAGAUAGUGCACUAAAGUUUGGUUGGUUUUUCCUGUUUUACUUGCUGCAUAUUGCCUUUUGUGUCAUUGCUGCUAUUGCACCUCCAAUUGUCUUUCAUGGAAAGUCAUUGACGGGCAUUCUUGCGGCAAUUGAUGUCUUCUCAGACCAUGUGUUUGUUGGGAUUUUCUAUUUGGUUGGAUUUGCCUUGUUUUGCUUGGAGGCUCUUCUAAGCUUGUGGGUGCUUCAGAAAAUUUACAUGUAUUUCAGGGGAAACAAGUGAGAUUUUACUCAGGUUUUGAUCCAAUGGCUUCUAUACCGUCAGCCACUUUCCAAGGUGGCUUAAAAUACCCCCCCCCCCCGCUUUUAAUGAUUUUUCCUCGUUUAUGCAUCUAUGCCCUCCUUAUCUAACAUAUUCGUUGUUCUGUAUGUAUUUUAGUGACUCCAGUAGAGGUUAGCUUGUAAUGAAAUGGUAGGAAGUUUUGUAUUCUUCGCGUGAGAAAGCCCCUCUCCUGGUUCCCCUCAUUGAAAAAUUUUCUGCAGUCAUGCAUGAUCAAGGUUUUUAAAAUUGGAUCCGUAAAUUCUGUA